AUGGACGAAUUGAUGCCGCUCUCGUGUGCGGGCAGAGGACCAGAUUGGGACGACCCGGACAAACGAUGUCGCUGGAAACUAUUCACUGACACUAGUGGACGUUCUGGACACUUUGGCAAUCAUAGGGAACAGGAAGAAUUUUCCAGGGCCGUCAAAAAUGUCAUAGAGUGGGUACAAUUCGAUGUCGACACCAAGCCGCAAGUCUUCGAGGUCACGAUUCGUAUGUUAGGAGGCUUAUUGUCGGGUCACAUCCUUGCAUCCGAGGAGAACUUGGGCCACAAACUGGACUGGUAUCGCGGAGAACUCCUUGACUUGGCGAAAGACCUCGGCGAGCGAUUGCUUCCAGCCUUUAACACCCCAACUGGGCUUCCUUUCGCUCGAAUCAACCUUCGAAGAGGCGUUGCUUCGAACGAGUCUACCGAGACAUGCGUCGCCGGUGCAGGGUCACUUAUACUGGAGUUCGCAACGCUCAGCCGCUUGACUGGAGAUGACCGCUUUGAGCGUGCAGCCUAUAAAGCCUUCUUCUCUCUGUGGAACAGGCGCUCCGAUAUUGGCUUGCUGGGGAAUAACAUCGACGUUUUCACAGGGAAAUGGGGUGGAAUGGAGACCACAACAAUUGGAGCAGGCGUAGACAGCUUCUACGAAUACGCGCUGAAGUGGUAUGUGCUCAGUGGUGAACCCGAGUUUCUCGAUGUCUGGAACGAAGCAUACGAUUCUAUCAUGCGCUAUGCGCGCACAAAAGAUGGAUACUCGGCAAGUCCUCCGAUAUACAGAUGGGGAACGUCCUCCUCCAAUGUUGACUCGCUCUCUGCUUUCUGGGGAGGCCUGCAAGUUCUGGCGGGAGAUGUUCAGAAUGCCAUCAAAUCACAUCUAUUUUAUUGGAGUUUAUGGAGGAAAUAUCAUGCUAUACCUGAACUAUUCAAUACUGCAAGUCAUAAACUCACAGUUACAUCAUAUCCACUACGACCAGAAUUUAUUGAGACGACAUUCUUCUUAUAUCAGGCAACAAAGGAUCCAUUCUACCUAGAUGUCGGAGCACAGGUCUAUCAUGAUCUAGAAUCACGAACAAAGACGGAGUGCGGGUUGGCAGCAUUGGCAGACGUGCUCGAGAACCGACAAGAUGACCGCAUGGAGAGCUUUGCGCUUUCUGAAACGCUCAAAUAUCUAUACCUACUCUUCGACGAAAACAACCCCCUUGCAUCGUCCGACUCGAACAUGGUAUUUACAACUGAGGGUCACGUUUUGACCUUGAACACCACUCACCUCCGGCCAAUGUCAGAGGUCCGGAGGGAGUCGCGCAAACACGAGAACCUAGUGUGUCCGGUCGUGGAGCCCUACGUCGGUAACGCUGGUGUACGGAUGCCUCCUCUGAGCUACGGCAUCCGAAGCCGACCAGAUUAUGAUUAUGCACGGACGCUCGUUGAUUUUGUGCCAGCCGACACCGAAUUUGAUCCAGACGUGCUCUGGUCACAACCUUAUGGACUCUGCGAGGUGCCCACUGUUGAAAUCUUCUCCCACGACGUUCUUCUUUCCCGGUAUGGCCACAGCUCCCCAGAAGACGAGGAUGUGAUGUCCCUCAGUCGGAAGAUGCGUCCAUACCAGAAUGGUGUCGUUGUCACGGAGGUCAUGGGCUUGCGUGUGCGUAUCCGGAGUCGAUUUGACGGUCGAGGAUAUGAUAUUGUCAAGAUCGGACACAUGAAUGUUCGCCAAGGCGAAAAAGUCUUUUUCAACGACACUUUACUCUUUGGCGAACCACAGAACAAGACGGACGAAACUCCACAAAGGGCGAGAUCAGUUCCGCUCAGAUUCUACGUGUGGGGGGCACAGGGGAUACUCAAUACUGACGCUGGUCUGGGAGAAGACCUCCCGGUGAGGGAGUUUGUUGUCGAGGCCGAUACGGCAGACUUUGGGGUCGAUUUGGACGACGCUCGACAUUCCUCAUCCAAUUCGACAUUUGGUUUCUCAGGGGCGCAUCUGGUCAAAGUCAAAGACAACGUUGCCGGAUGCUCGCCUUAUAGCGAUCCGGAAGGGAAGCUAAAGGGCACGGUAAUCUACGUGGAAAGAGGCGGCUGUCUCUUUGCCGCAAAGCUCCACCAUGCCAUCGAUGUCGGUGCACUGGGAGUGGUCGUGGCGAACGACUCGGACGACCAUGUUAACCCAAUGAUGCUGCCUGAGGACGUAGAGAUGUUUGGCGACUCGCUGAAUCGAGGUGCAAUGGUUGUCAUUCCUCAGAGCGCGGCCAACCUUGUCCUUGAAUACAUCUCAAUGGAGGAAAAGGAGUCACUACAGUAUACGGCAAUGGUCCGCGUCGAACGCGAGUGGCCACAGGAGUUGAUCGACCUAAACCCAAUGCUCAAACCUCAGCCUACCAAAACAGAGCACAAGCCAGGUCGUAUUCUAUAUAUCAACGGACAACCGAUGAUCAAUACAGAGAUCAUGAUCUAA